AUGACUCUGUCCCGACGGUCGCACGCACAGUGGAGGGCACGGCUUUUCUUCCGCGAGCGCGCCUCGUUUCCUACCCUCACCUACCCGUUCAAUCUGCGGAUGUCUGCGUUCAGGACACCGUCGCCCGAUAACCCUACCAACAUCAUCUGGUCGACCUACCUGGAUGCCGCUCAAGAUGACGACCAGGCGCGACCGAAGAAUUGGGAGGGAAAUACCGCGGGAAUUUUGACCUUCACUGGUUUGUUCGCCGCGACCGUCGCCGCGUUCACGCUCGAAAGUUACAAGCAACUAUCGCCCGACACCGGUGAACAAUCUGUCGCGCUACUUUCACAAAUACUGUCCGUCUCGGUCAACGGGUCUUCCCACCUGCCCCUCAACGUCGCGCCGCCCGCUCCAUUCCGCACUACACCGUCCGCGAUCAUCACGAAUGCGCUUUGGUUCUCAAGCUUGCUUCUAUCCCUCUUCUGCGCUCUACUCUCGACACUCGCACAACAAUGGUCCCGCGACUACGUACACGACAUCAACAGGCGCAGAGUCCUUCACGAGGACCUCGAAACCCGCGUCUACAACCAUAUCUUCAUCCGCAUGGGUAUCAACCGCUACGGGAUGGACCAGCUCGUGUCGUGGAUCGUGGCCUUAGUACAUCUCGCGGUGUUCCUCUUCGUCAUCGGGCUCGCAGUCUUUCUAUUUCCCAUCGACACCACCGUUGCGGCCGUCGCCCUCGGCGUUCUCGGGACGUUCGCCAUGCUAUACUGCCUGGCAAGCCUACUUCCAUUGAUCGACAAGAGCUGCCCGUAUCGCACUCCUUUCACGCAUUUCCCUCCACUACGCCCCAAAGACCUCGCGCCUUGGCCCUACCGCGCGCCAGCAGUUGAUAUACACGAAAUCGCGUCGCGGCGCAUUCAGGACGGGCACCAGUUCCUCGCCUCAGAUGAAACCAUCUUCCUUUGGGACUGCUCAGGACGUCACGUCCCGGACGAAUCCUUCGAGCGUAUGGUCAAAGGCCUCCUCGCGCUACCAUGUGGACCAGCGGAUCAGCACAUCUACCACCACCUGUGCGCCGACGACGCGUUCGCAAAGAGGCUGUACUGGCAUAUGAGAAACCGUAUGAAAGAUGCCAUCGAUCCCUCCCUCUUCACCUUACUAUCUCUCCUAUCCGAAAGAAUGUUCCGGUCUGAAGUCGAGCGUGCUGGUUCAGCGUCGAGGAUGAGCCGCACGUCGGGAUACUACAUGAACACCCUCGGCUUGGUCUCAAGACUCGCUGUGGUGGACGGAGAAGCCAAGUUGCGCGCCCGGCUGUGCAUUGCCAACGUCCGGUGGUCAUUCCUGAAUCUCUACCGAUACGCAUCGCAAAAGAUCGUUACUGCACCGCUAUCCGAAGACCAGGCGCUCUCGUCCUUCGAUAACACCUCGAGCGGGGAGUUUGCCCUCAACAACCGCCAUCCCAGCGUCCUCCAUGUAUUGCUAUCCGUAGGCCACUACUCGUUCGCGCUGAACAGCUGGUUAUGUCGAGCCGAGUCCGUCCUCGUACCGUUACACGCCGAGAGCUGCUGUAAAUCAUGGAAGCACACCCUUGCCCCGGAGAACAUCGCGCAUCUUGCAGCAUGCAGUGCACUAACCAUGGUCUCGCACGUCCUGGAAGCCUUAAGCGCCGACAACCCGAAAGACGCCGCCCUUCUACGAGACGCGCCCAACUCCAUCAUGACGAACAUCGACAGCGCCUACCCAAUGCUACGAAACGAGCGAAGAGCUCCUUCACCACAGUUCAUAUCAAUCAUCAGGGAUGCAGGGCUGGAAGAGUGGUUGAAACCAGGCAGCGACUACUCAUCGGAGCCGCGAGAUGGGCCGUUUUAUCAACACAGGUACUUGCUGUACGCAAACGACUGCAUGAGCAUCCUGCGAACUCUGGCGAGAUCCGUCGACUUCUCGGCAUACAACAUACGGAAGCCAGAGCGGACGGCGCUUAUUGGACGAUCCUCACGGCCAUUUCUCGAGGCCUUUAGCCCAAGCAUCACCCUGUUGUCGCCCCCUUUCUCUCCCACGACAUCGACAUACACUGGACGAACGUCCGUGGAUAGCCUGCAGAAGAUCGAGAGUGAUCUUGCAGGGGCGCCGGGCGGUCUCUUGGCCCUACGAACAGUCGAUAUUGGUCUUUCAGCACUCCCAAAUACGACCACUCUGGACAACUCCGGCUUCGCUGAUGCUUGA